GGACUAGAGAUCGUUACGGUGUGUAUCUGGACUGGGAUGAAAUAACAUCUUUCGCAAUGGCCAAUAUUAAAAUCUGGAUUCUUCUGUGUAUGUUUUUAGCAUUCGUUGCUGUGAACCAGGCACAGUUGACAGGGUUGGCCAACUUAGUGGCUGGUCCCAAGGGCAGAAUGUUAAAAAUGCUGGCGUACAGAUCCCCAGCCCUACAGAGAGGCCUGGCUACCCUACAAGAUAUGAAAAUUGCUAAGAGACUGGGCUGCCACAGAUCGCUGGAUAACGAAUCACCAUUACGAGCUAUCCUGCCCAUGGGCUGUACCACCCAGAAAGAUAUUUGUCCAUACACUAGACCCAUGACUAAAUGUUUACAAGUGGGAAUUAUCGGAAUGUGCUGCCCAUAUUAUGUUAGCUCCAAUUCCAUCAAAUCGGCAAAGAUGUACGCAAAAUGGAGUAAAUUCUCCGAAAUAAUGGCCUAAAGACAUGAAUAACACUUUAAAUCGGAAGUGAACGACUAUAGAAUUUGUUUUCAAACUCCCAGGCGUAGGAGCCGAUAAGAAUAUCUUCUCUUUGAUAAAUUGAUAUGUGCUAAUGUUUUGUUAAAGGGGCCCUUACAUCAGAGCGAUCACCAGUUGUGUAUGGUUGCGAAUAAGAAUAACGGACAUAAGUUUCGAACACAACUCUCAUACAACUGAGUUUUGAGUUGCGUUCGAUUCUCACGAUCACUUGCUUUGUUCGCCACCAUACGCAACUGGGAAUCGCUAAGGUAUGAGGGCACCUUUAAAUAGUGCGUUGUAUCAUAAGUUCGAAAUAUAAAUGAAAGAAAAGCAAAGCAUGAUCCUAACAAGAAGAAUCUGGGUUUAUGCCCCAAUCGUAGAUUCGGCUCAUCAUAAAUAUACAAACGGAAGUGACGCCUGGGGGCAAUGGGAUUUAUUCUAUUUAUAAGUAUAUAAAGAUAUUUUUGGUGACAUGAUACUUGAUGGAUUAUAGUCGAUUGUCGAUUUUCAAGUUUUGUGUCUUCGCCAAAGGUCAACCAUUGACUCUAAAAAAAGGUAGCUGGUAAAACGGGCACCUGUCUAGUGAGAGGGCCAAUAUGUCAAUAUAUCAUUCAUUAUUGGUGGUGAUAUUAGGGUUUUUAUUAUUGAUUUGAAUCAUUUAUCAUUGUACAUCAUCAUCAUCAUUCAUCAUACAUCCUGGAUAAUCAAAUAAAACACAAUUUGUAGAAA